CCCAGAGAUAGCCUCAACCUUCACUUCCUUAAUAUUUCUCGUUCUUAGUUCUCUCACUCCACGCCUUGUCGUGAGUUAGCUGAUCGAUUGUGGCCGAGUCCUGUUCCCGACGAACCGCGAUUUAGACUCUAGCUCCUGAUUUCAGACAGUUAAGUGACAACAUUCGACUCCAACAACACUACAUUGACUGUGCGAUGUCCAUCACUUCGGGUUCGCUUCACCGUCUUAGUGACGAAAAUGAGGAACGCCGCCUGCGCGCACUGAUGGCGCAAAAUCCGCCUCAAAUACCGUAUCAUGGCGUGUAUGUACGUCAGGCUGAUGGCCAAGCUGGACAGCCUGCAGAGCCCAUGCGACACUGGGACCCCCGUGGCCUGAUCGACCCAAUCUACGAGGGCAAACGCCGUCAGCAGGCUGUCGCCAAAAAGGUGAAGACUAUACAGGCAAAGGUCCAAAAGGAGCUGAACAGCAUUUCCGACCAGCGUCCCGCUUUGGUCGAUCAAAUCCAGGAGCUAAAAGGGGAGCUGGAAAAGGAUUUCAACGACUUAGACCGAUUGAUUGUCUCUCUUACUGUUCACUGGGUCCAUAUCGAGGACGAGAUCGCCAGGGAGUAUGGUUAUCGUCAAGCAAAUGAUGACCAGUUGAAGAUUCUCGGCCUGGCGUAUACCGACGCAAAGGAGAAGUGGUAUCGCACACAUUCAGAAAGGUAG